AUGUUUAACACAUUCCAGGUGAUUACCUCUUCGGAAAUCGCCACGACCGGCAGAGGUGGACGGCCGCAGAGGAGCCCUCGACGUAUUUCCACAGCCAAUGCAUGCGUUGAAUGCAGAAGGCGAAAAAUCCGCUGCGAUGGCCUGCAGCCCUGUGCACAAUGCGAAUGGUUCAGGAUCCCGGAUCGAUGCAUGUACUCGAAACCCACACAGAGGGUGGUGCCUCCGAAGAGAAUAGUCGAGAGACUGCAGUCGCAAGUCGAUCAAUAUCAAGCAAUUGUCGCACAAUUGUUCCCCGGUAAAGAUCUCCAAGAGGUCGUUGCCUUGUCCCGAGACGGAAUGAUCGAUCUGGCGAUGAACUUGUCAGCAGCGGGCACAUGCCGUGAUCACCACCAUGGUCGCCCACUUGCACGGCUGCAAAGCGUCAGCAAGUCCGAGGGGAUGAAUAAUGGUCACGAUGCGUCCGAGGAGACUCCAGAUCAAUGUCUGGAAUUGGAAGACUUGAAGCGCCUGCACGACAUUAUCCAAGGUACACCCGAUGAUAUUGUCCAAGGACUGUCCUUGGUCGAUGAAGCCUCGUCGUCGUACGUCGGAGUCUCGAGCAUUACCACCGCGAUCAAAGUGAUGUUCGAAACUGUCCCUAGGGCUCGUUCAUUCAUAAUGCCAGCGCAAACUGUUGGUUCGAGCGUCGAAGGCACAUGCUCGCGGCCCCAUGACCUGGAUCCAGACCCAGACGAAUUGCCACCGGAAAGUAUCGGCAUCAAACUCAUCGACUCUUAUUUCGCACAUGUACACAUCCUUAUGCCAAUGCUGGACGAAGAAAGCUUCCGAUACCGCUAUCAGCAUCAAUCGCGACGAGAUCCACCCUGGUUAUGUCUAUUGAACAUGGUCUUUGCACUUGGCUCACUGUCGCGCUCGACAUGUGACAGCGAGGAGCAUCUCGUUUACUACCAACGUGCUCGAAAGCACAUGGAUACGGAGACUUUCGGCAGCGGUAAUCUUCUAACCUUGCAGGCGUUUGCAUUACUUUCGGGUUGUUAUCUCCGUUUUCUGAACCGAUCAAACGAAGCAUACGCCAUAAUGGGUGCAACGCUCAGAAUGGCAAUCGCCCAAGGGCUGCAUCGGGACAGUGAAGCCCCACCAACUGUGAGUGUAGCAUGCCAGGGCGACGCAGAAACAACCACGGAAGCACGCAGGCGGACGUGGUGGACACUUUAUGUCCUCGAUACCUGGGCUAGCAGUACCACAGGGCAACCUUUACUCGGCAGAGCUGUUGCAGGGAUGACGACUCGUUUUCCUCGAUUGCCAGAGCAAUUGGACGAUACACAGCAUACAGGACUUCUUCCGUUGAGGCAUAAUGUCGCAUACUGCAAACUGGCCACCAAGGUGCAAGAUGCAGUUGCUGCUAAUAUCACGAUACCAUUCGAAGAGCUUCAGGCUCUAGAUAUAGAGCUCGAAAGGUGGCACGAGGAGCUCCCUCCAAUACUGCGGGAUGCCAUUGAACGACACUGUCCAGGAGUGCUGCUGACGCCGCGAGCCAUCAUGCACUGGCGCUAUCAGAAUCUCAAGCUAUUGAUGUGCAGGCCCACACUGCUUGCCACUGCAUUGCGCGGAUCUUCUUGGUCGACUAUGUCAGCUGACCAACGCCUGAUCGUUGGUAGAUGUCGCAUGUUCGCGACCCAGACAAUAGCAGAUAUUGAGACUUCAUGCCAGGAGAACUUAGUUGCAGGUGGGCACGCCGUGUGGAUGAUGUACCAAGCGGUGAUGGUGCCACUCGUCUCGCUAUACUCCAAUCUGGCGCGGCCAUCCGCUAGCGACGACGAAAUCGAGAGCUGGGAACAAGACGUGGAGAAAGCGAUCACUUUCUUCGACAGGAUGCAGCCCUGGUCGCUCGCAGCGGGCAAGUGUCGAGACACUGUGCAACAGCUCUAUAAUGCCAUGAAGCUCGUUGCACAGGAGUCAGUGGCACCUCGACCCCAGGCAGAUGCUAGUGCGCCAUUGUCGACCGUCUGCGAGCCACAAACCAUGGUGCAGCACGAUUCCGUGCACAUCGCCGAGACUAUCAGUCCCAACAUCAACAGCGACGCCGUCAUGACCGACUUUUGGGACGAUAUGAUGAGAGAACUGCCGAAUUGUUUCAACCCCCAGUACGAAUGGUGGACCCCACAAGAUUGGCCAUCGUAG